CCGGUCGUGGGGUUUUGUUGGGAGCCGUGAUUGGUGAGCGAGAAAGUUCCCGUGACCAAUCAGCGGCGGAGUCAGGAAACUUCCGGCCAAUGAGGGUUGAGCCGUGUGUGUGUGUGCAGGCAGAGCGGCGUGCGGUAUGAUGGAGGGGAUCGAGGUGGAAGUGAGAGCCGAGACCGGAGCCUUCUACACGGGUUAUGUUCAGGAUGUUCACGAGGAGACCGUCACGGUGUCAUUCCCCAACAACUCCUUCCCCGAAAGACAAGUGCCCAUCUGUGAAGUGAGACUUCCGCCCCCUGCUGCUGAGACUCUGGAGAUCUCCGAGGAGGACCAGGUGGAGGUGUUGUCCCACCCCAACGACCAGGAGCCGUCCGGGUGGUGGUUGGCUCAGGUCCGGAUGAUAAAGGGCGAUUUUUAUGUGAUAGAAUAUUCGGUCUGCAACGCCCCGUACAAUGAGAUCGUCACCGCUGACCGCCUGCGACCCGUCAACCAGAACCAAGUCGGCCGGAUCUUCUUCAAAUACUGCCUGCCAAUCCCAGAGGACCUCCGCAAAAUUUCAACCAAUGUGGAGGUCCACAAGGAGUUUAAGAGAGUGGUGGGGGCCAACUGUGUCUUCAUGGACAAAACUGGAAUGGAACUUGUUGUACUGUCCACAGAUGAGACGGUCCUCAAACGGUCGUCCCUACUCAGCGACAUCCACCUACGUGCACUACGUACCAAACUCAGGUUCAUCACCCACAACGAGGAGGCAGCUAAACAGCUUGAGGUCAGUAAACAGAUUGCGGUGGCGUAUCGGGAGGAGUUUGCAGUUCGGGAAGAUCUGAUUGGUCUGGCUAUCGGGGCACACGGGGUGAACAUCCAGCAGGCUCGGAAAGUUCCCGGAGUGGCCGCCGUUGAGCUGGACGAGGAGACGUUUACAUUCAGGAUAUACGGAGAGUCAGAGGAAGCCGUUCGGAAGGCUCGGGGGUAUCUGGAGUUUUCAGAGGCCUCAAUGGACGUCCCGAAGGCCCUUGUGGGAAAGGUAAUCGGGAAGAACGGCAACGUCAUCCAGGACAUCGUAGAUAAAUCCGGUGUCGUCCGGGUGAGGGUGGAAGCCGAAGGAGACGCCACCGAGGAGACCAAAGAGGGUAUGGUGCCGUUCAUGUUUGUGGGGACUCAGGACAGUAUCAGCACGGCGUUGGCCCUCCUGGAGUACCAGAUCUCCCAUCUUCAGGAACUGGAUCAGCUUCGGAUGCAACGCCUGCAAAUUGAGGAUCAGCUGAAGGGCCUGGGAGGCGGGGUUCGUAUUGGCCCCUCCCGGUUGGAGAAGGAAAGGAUCGGAGGGCAGGUAGAAGGAGGUACCACCUUCGCCUCUGUCGCCGGUAGAGGCCGAGGAAAUUACGCUCCAGGGUCUGGGGACCAACCUUACCCUUCUCGGAAUGGGGGUGGCGGUGUAAACCGGCCGAGACCUUCCCGCAGGAGAGUCGUGGAUGAAGAGAGGACGAUAUUGGGUGAACAGGAUGGGGGGGCUGGACACCCAGUCCAGAAUGGAGUAGAUGAUGGAUCAAAGACCCCACCACACAAGAAUCACAACCAGUCCAACUCAGGAGACACAGCCAGCCAACCCCCGAACAGACAGACUGAUGACGCCUCACCAACAGAUUCUGUGACGCCAAAGAAAGACGCCAGAGCGAGACGCUCAAGGGGCAGCAACAUAAAGGAGAUUACUGCAUAACUGAAUAUACACGACCUGCAAGAAGCUGCCACAAUGACCGGACUGACCUCAACUGUAUCUACUACCCAUGUACAGUUCUCUGCAUACACACAAUAAACCGUGAGCCUUUCGACUCCUCCAUGUCUCCUAUGUACAAUUAUUAUCUAUGCACAUCCAAUACACUGAGAGCCUCCUGACUCUCCCCCAUGUCCUCAAUGUACAAUUCUCUGUAUACCAUGAAUGCAUCGAUUAAACCCGAGUGACCCCCGA